UUGCUCGUGAAGACCCAUCCAGUGCGGUUGGAUGAGCUCCCCCAAAAGGAAUACGAAAAAGAACAGUGAAUGUGAACUAGUGAAAAAAGUGGCCAGCAGAUAAGAAAGUGAAAUACAUAAGAGUGAUCCAGGAAAGAGUGAGAUAGAACCGGAAGUGGUCCGUUGAAGGACUGUCGUUAUCGCCGCGCGGGUGCUUGAACUCUCGGCACGAUGGGGCUCAAAGUGGCCUCCAUUGGUGUCCUGCUGGUGAUCCUGGCUGUAUCCUAUUGCCAGGCAGAGCUAACACCACCAUAUUUCAAUUUGGCUACGGGAAGAAAGAUCUAUGCCACGGCUACUUGUGGCCAGGAUACGGACGGACCGGAACUCUACUGUAAAUUAGUGGGAGCCAACACGGAACACGAUCACAUCGACUACUCGGUUAUCCAGGGACAGGUCUGCGACUAUUGUGAUCCCAAUUCUCCGGAGAAGAAUCACCCGCCAGAGAACGCGAUCGAUGGCACCGAGGCCUGGUGGCAGAGUCCUCCGUUGUCCAGGGGCAUGAAAUUCAAUGAAGUCAAUUUGACCAUCAAUUUCGAACAGGAAUUCCAUGUGGCCUACUUGUUCAUUCGCAUGGGCAAUUCUCCUCGUCCGGGUCUCUGGACUUUGGAGAAGUCCACGGAUUAUGGCAAGACCUGGACCCCUUGGCAGCACUUCUCCGACACUCCCGCCGAUUGUGAGACCUACUUCGGCAAGGACACCUACAAGCCAAUCACCCGCGAUGACGACGUUAUCUGUACCACCGAAUACUCAAAGAUUGUGCCGCUGGAAAACGGCGAGAUUCCCGUGAUGCUGCUGAACGAGCGUCCCAGCUCGACCAACUACUUCAACUCAACGGUGCUGCAGGAAUGGACUCGAGCCACCAACGUCCGAAUCCGACUGUUGCGCACGAAGAAUCUCUUGGGACAUCUAAUGUCCGUUGCUCGACAGGAUCCUACGGUGACGCGUCGUUACUUCUACUCGAUCAAGGACAUCUCGAUCGGUGGAAGGUGCAUGUGCAACGGACACGCCGACACCUGUGACGUCAAGGACCCAAAGAGUCCUGUGCGCAUCCUUGCCUGUCGUUGCCAACAUCACACCUGUGGCAUCCAGUGUAACGAAUGCUGUCCAGGAUUCGAGCAGAAGAAGUGGAGGCAGAAUACGAAUGCCAGACCUUUCAACUGCGAACCCUGCAACUGUCAUGGUCACAGCAACGAGUGCAAAUACGACGAGGAGGUCAACCGCAAAGGACUCUCCCUGGACAUUCACGGACAUUAUGAUGGCGGUGGCGUUUGCCAGAACUGUCAGCACAACACAGUGGGAAUAAACUGCAACAAGUGCAAGCCCAAGUACUAUCGACCCAAGGGAAAGUACUGGAAUGAGACCGACGUCUGCAGUCCGUGCCAGUGUGACAACUUCUUCUCUACCGGACACUGUGAGGAGGAGACCGGAAACUGUGAGUGCCGUGCCGCCUUCCAGCCGCCCAGCUGCGAUUCCUGUGCCUACGGAUACUACGGAUAUCCCAACUGCCGCGAGUGCGAGUGCAAUCUGAACGGAACCAAUGGAUACCACUGCGAGGCGGAGAGCGGUCAGCAGUGUCCGUGCAAGAUCAACUUCGCGGGCGCCUACUGUAAGCAGUGCGCCGAGGGAUACUACGGAUUCCCGGAGUGCAAGGCCUGCGAGUGCAACAAGAUCGGGUCGAUCACCAAUGACUGCAACGUGACCACCGGAGAGUGCAAGUGCCUCACGAAUUUCGGGGGCGACAACUGCGAGCGCUGCAAGCACGGAUACUUCAACUACCCCACCUGCUCAUACUGUGAUUGCGACAACCAGGGCACCGAGUCGGAAAUCUGCAAUAAGCAGUCAGGUCAGUGCAUUUGCCGCGAGGGAUUCGGAGGACCGAGGUGCGAUCAGUGUUUGCCAGGAUAUUACAACUAUCCGGACUGCAAACCCUGCAACUGCUCCACCACAGGCAGCUCGGCGAUCACCUGCGACAACACCGGAAAGUGCAACUGCCUCAACAACUUUGCCGGCAAACAGUGUACCCUCUGCACAGCUGGAUACUACAGCUAUCCGGACUGUUUACCCUGUCACUGCGAUUCGCACGGAUCUCAGGGAGUGUCCUGCAACUCGGACGGACAGUGUCUGUGUCAGCCGAACUUCGAUGGCCGUCAGUGCGAUUCGUGCAAGGAGGGCUUCUACAACUUCCCCAGCUGCGAGGACUGCAACUGUGAUCCGGCGGGAGUGAUCGACAAGUUCGCGGGAUGCGGAUCGGUGCCCGUGGGCGAGCUGUGCAAGUGCAAGGAGCGAGUCACCGGCAGGAUAUGCAAUGAGUGCAAACCGCUGUACUGGAACCUGAACAUCAGCCAUCCGGAGGGUUGCGAGAUCUGCGACUGUUGGACGGAUGGUACGAUAUCCGCCCUGGACACCUGUACCUCGAAGUCCGGUCAGUGUCCUUGCAAGCCGCAUACGCAGGGAAGGCGCUGCCAGGAGUGUCGCGAUGGAACCUUUGAUCUGGACAGUGCCUCGUUGUUUGGCUGCAAGGACUGCAGUUGCGAUGUGGGUGGAUCGUGGCAGAGUGUUUGCGACAAGGUCAGCGGCCAGUGCAAGUGCCAUCCGAGGAUCACGGGCUUGGCCUGCACUCAACCCCUGACCACCCACUUCUUCCCGACGCUUCAUCAGUUCCAGUACGAGUACGAGGAUGGAAAACUCCCUUCGGGCACUCAAGUGCGCUACGAUUACGAUGAGGCGGUGUUCCCUGAUUUCAGCAGCAAGGGUUAUGUGGUCUUCAAUGCCAUUCAGAACGAGGUGCGUAACGAAAUAUACAUGUUCAAGUCUUCUCUCUACCGGAUCGUGUUGCGCUACGUGAAUCCGAAUGCGGAGAAUAUCACAGCCACUAUUUCAAUUACCUCUGAUAAUCCCCUAGAGGUGGACCAACAUGUAAAGGUACUACUGCAACCCACUUUGGAGCCCAAGUUCGUGACCGUUGCCGGUCCCUUGGGCGUAAAGCCCUCGGCCAUUGUCUUGGAUCCGGGUCGUUAUGUUUUCACCACCAAGGCCAACAAGAAUGUGAUGCUCGACUACUUCGUUCUUCUGCCUGCCGCCUAUUACGAAGCUGGCAUCCUCACCCGUCACAUCUCGAACCCCUGUGAACUGGGCAACAUGGAGCUAUGCCGCCACUACAAGUACGCCUCCGUGGAUGUUUUCGAGCCAGCCACAACUCCAUUUGUCAUUGGAGGAAACUCAAAGCCCACCAAUCCCGUGGAGGUGUACAGUGAUCCGGAACACCUGGAGAUUGUGAGCCAUGUGGGAGAGAUUCCAGUGCUGAGCAAAUCACAGAACGAACUGAACUACAUCGUGGGUGUGCCGCGCAGUGGGCGAUACAUCUUCGUGAUUGACUAUAUCAGCGAUAGGAACUAUCCCAACAGUUACUACAUCAACCUGAAGCUGAAGGACAAUCCCGAUUCGGAGACAACCGUGCUGCUGUAUCCGUGCUUGUACUCCACCGUUUGCCGCACUUCGGUGAAUGACGAUGGUCAGGAGAAGGCAUUCUAUAUAAGCAAAGAGGAAACACAGACAGUUACAAUCUACGGCGACAUUGAUGAUGAUAGUCGAGUGCCCAUCAUAUCGGUAACCGCUAUCCCCGUCGAGCAGUGGUCCAUUGACUACAUCAACCCAAGUUCGGUCUGUGUGAUCCACGAUCAAGAGUGUGCCACCUCCAAAUUCCGAUCCGUUCCCGAUUCCAAGAAGAUUGAGUUCGAAACUGAUCACGAGGAUCGUAUUGCCACCAACAAACCUCCUUAUGCCCUGUUUGAUGAUCGGGUUAAGUUGGUGCACUUGGGCAGUCCCAACGAAACCACCAUUGUGAUUGAAUCGAAGGUGGAAGCUACUAAGCCCAAUCUCUUUGUGAUUCUGGUGAAAUACUACCAACCGAACCAUCCGAAAUACCAAGUGUACUACACAUUGACGGCUGGAAAGAAUCAAUAUGAUGGCAAGUUCGACAUUCAGCAUUGCCCCUCGAGUUCCGGAUGCCGUGGAGUGAUUCGUCCCGGCGGAGACGGUUCGUUUGAGAUUGAAGACGAGUUUAAGUUUAUCAUUACGACCGAUCAAACCAAGAGCGUUUGGCUAGACUAUUUGGUAGUGGUGCCCUACGAACAAUACAAUGAUGAUCUCCUGGUGGAAGAGACCUUCGAUCAGACCAAGGAGUUCAUCCAGAACUGCGGUCAGGAUCACUUCCACAUCACUCACAAUGCCAGCGACUUCUGCAAGAAGUCCGUUUUCUCCCUGACCGCGGACUACAACAGUGGAGCACUGCCGUGCCAGUGCGACUACGCCGGAUCCACGAGCUUCGAGUGCCAUCCGUUUGGAGGUCAGUGCCAGUGCAAGCCGAAUGUGAUCGAGCGGACGUGCGGAGCCUGUCGAAGCAGGUACUACGGAUUCCCCGAGUGCAAGCCUUGCGAGUGUCCCAGCAGCGCCAUGUGCGAGCCUUCCACCGGAGAGUGCAUGUGUCCGCCGAAUGUCAUCGGGGAUUUGUGCGAGAAGUGCGCUCCCAAUACUUACGGGUUCCAUCAGGUGAUUGGCUGUGAGGAGUGCGGAUGUAGCCCUCUGGGCAUUGCCAACGGAAACACCCAGUGCGACCUGUUCAACGGAACCUGCGAGUGCCGUGACAAUAUUGAGGGAAGGGCCUGCGAUGUAUGUAGCCACGGCUACUUCAACUUCCCGGAGUGCGAACCGUGCGGUUGCCACAAGCCCGGAACCGAACUGGAGGUGUGCGACAAGAUCGACGGCACCUGCUUCUGCAAGAAGAACGUAGUUGGAAGGGACUGUGACCAGUGUGUGGAGGGAACCUACAACCUGCAAGACUCGAAUCCCGAGGGAUGCACCACUUGCUUCUGCUUUGGAAAGACCUCGCGAUGUGACAGUGCCUACUUGAGGGUCUACAAUGUCAGUCUGUUGAAGCAAGUGUCCAUUAGCACUCCGGAGUUCCGCGAGGAGAGCAUUAAGUUUGAGAUGUGGCCAGUGCCGGCGGAGGAGAUUCUUUUAAAUGAAACCACGCUGAGGGCCGACUUUACAUUGCGGGAGGUCAGCGAUGAAAGACCCGCUUACUUUGGCGUACUGGACUACCUGCUCAACCAGAAUAGUCACAUUUCUGCGUACGGCGGAGACUUGGCUUAUACCCUACAUUUCACCUCUGGCUUUGAUGGCAAAUACAUUGCGGCGCCCGAUGUCAUAUUGUUUAGCGAACACAGUGUCCUGGUGCACCAAAGCUAUGAGCAGCCCAACAGGAAUGAGCCCUUCACCAAUCGCAUCAAUAUCGUGGAAACCAACUUCCAAACGGUUUCCGGAAAACCAGUUUCCCGAGCUGAUUUCAUGAUGGUUCUGCGGGAUCUCAAGUCGAUCUUCAUCAGGGCCAACUACUGGGAACAGACACUAGUGACCCACUUGGCGGAUGUCUACCUAACUCUAGCCGAUGAGGAUGCCGACGGCACGGGAGAGUACAAGUUCCUGGCCGUGGAACGUUGCUCCUGUCCACCCGGUUACGCAGGACACUCGUGCGAGGAUUGUGCACCUGGCUACUACCGAGAUCCCAGUGGUCCGUACGGAGGUUACUGCAUUCCCUGCGAUUGCAAUGGCCAUUCGGAGACUUGCGAUUGUGCCACCGGAAUUUGCACGAACUGUCUGCACGGAACUCAGGGUGAUCACUGCGAGGAGUGCGUGUCUGGCUACUAUGGAAAUGCCACCAAUGGAUCACCGGGAGAUUGCAUGAUCUGCGCCUGUCCCCUUCCCUUCGACUCGAACAACUUCGCCACCAGCUGCGAGAUCUCCGAGAGCGGAAACGAGAUCCACUGCGAGUGCAAGCCGGGAUACACAGGACCUCGUUGCGAGUCCUGCGCCAACGGGUUCUACGGUCAGCCAGAGAAUAUGGGAGAGGUGUGCAAGCCAUGCGAGUGCUCCGGAAACAUCAAUCCAGAGGAUCAGGGAUCUUGCGACACGAGAACCGGCGAAUGUCUGCGCUGUUUGAACAACACCUUCGGAGCCGCUUGCAAUCUGUGUGCUCCUGGAUUCUACGGUGAUGCCAUCAAGCUGAAGAACUGCCAGAGCUGCGAUUGCGAUGACCUGGGAACCCAGGAGUGCGAUCCCUACGUGGGUGUUUGCACCUGCCACGAGAACGUCAUUGGCGAGCGUUGCGAUCGCUGCAAGCCGGAUCACUAUGGAUUCGAGUCGGGAGUUGGUUGCCGCGCCUGCGAUUGUGGAGCGGCCUCCAAUUCGACGCAAUGCGACCCGCACACGGGUCACUGUGCCUGCAAGCCCGGAGUGACUGGACGUCAGUGCGAUCGCUGUGCUGUGGACCACUGGAAGUACGAGAAGGAGGGGUGCACUCCGUGUAACUGCAACCAGGGAUACUCGCGAGGAUUCGGCUGCAAUCCCAGCACGGGCCAGUGCGAGUGCCUGCCGGGAGUCAUUGGAGAUAGAUGCGACGCCUGUCCGAACCGCUGGGUAUUGAUCAAGGACGAGGGCUGCCAGGAGUGCAACAACUGUCACCACGCCCUGUUGGAUGUCACCGAUCGAAUGCGCUACCAGAUCGACAGUGUCCUUGCAGAUUUCAACAGCGUAACCCUAGCCUUCUUCACCAGUCAGAAACUGAACUACUACGACCAGCUUGCCGACGAACUGGAGCCGAAGGUUAAGUUGCUGGAUCCCAACAGUGUGGACCUCAAUCCCUCCAAGAAGGCCAACAGUGAACUGGAGUCCGAUGCCAAGUCGUACGCCAAGCAAGUGAACCAAACUCUGGCCAAUGCCUUGGACAUUCGCGAGCGAUCGAGCACCACUUUGGGUAAUAUCACAGUCGCCUACGAAGAGGCUCUGAAGAGCGCUGACCAGGCCAAGGAAGCGAUCUCCUCGGUCGAGGCUCUCUCCAAGAAUCUCGAGGCGGCAGCAAGUACCAAGAUUGAUGCUGCCUUGGAGAAAGCCCAACACGUUCUGGAACAGAUCAACAGCACGAGCAUCGAACUCGCACCCAACGAACAAGUGCUGGAUAAGGCACGGAAACUCUACGAGGAAGUGAACACACUUGUGCUGCCCAUCAAGGAGCAAAACAAGAGCCUGAACGCUCUGAAGAACGAUAUUGGGGAGUUCAGCGAUAAGCUGGAGGAUCUAUUCAUCUGGAGCGAGGAGUCGCAAACCAAGUCGGCCGAUGUGGAGCGCAGGAAUGUGGAUAAUCAAAAGACCUUUGACAAUUCCAAAUUCGACACCGUAUCCGAGCAAAAGCAACAGGCCGAGAAGAACAUCAAUGAUGCACAGCUCUACCUGAUCAAUGGAGAUCUAACCCUCAACCAAAUCACCGACAAGUUGGACAGCUUGAAGGAUGCCCUCUCUGAACUGACUUCCGUGAACAAGAAUGUGGACGAAGAGCUGCCGCUGCGGGAGGAGCAGCACAAUGAAGCGGAGGCUCUGACCGACCAGGCGGAGCAGAAGGCUGCCGAGUUGGCGGCCAAGGCGCAGUUGCUGGCCGAGCAGUACUCUGAUAUGACCGCCAGUGCUGAACCGGCCAUCAAGGCAGCCACUGCGUACUCGGGCAUCGUCGAAGCCGUGGAUGCCGCCCAGAAAUUCAGCCAGGAUGCGAUUGGAGCAGCCGGAAGUGCCACUCAAAUUACCGAUGGCAUCGAGGAGAAAGCCCGUCUAGCAGACAAUGAAUCCGCGGAACUUCUCCAGAAAGCCCGGCAGUCGCUUCAAAAAGUCCAAGAUGACCUCGAGCCACGCUUGAACGGAUCAGCCGGCAAAGUGCAAAAGAUCUCCUCCGUUAACAAUGCCACCGAGCAUCAGCUGAAGGAUAUUAACAUUCUGAUCAGCCAACUGCCAGCGGAAUCGCAGCGGGACAUUUGGAAGAACUCGAACACGAAUGCCAGUGAUGCACUGGAGAUCCUGAAGAACGUACUCGAGAUUCUCGAACCAGUGAGUGCGCAAACGCCAAAGGAACUCGAGAAGGCGCAGGCCAUUAACAGGGACCUGGAUCUGACCAACAAGGACAUCUCGCAGGCCAAUAACCAGCUGGACAAUGUGGAAGGAUCCGUUUCGAAGCUGAACGAACUGGCCGAGGAUAUCGAGGAUCAGCAGCAGCACGUGGGCGAGGAGACUUUGAAACUGGGCCAGUCGAUCGAGAACCUGAAGAGCCUCGUGGAGUCCACGCGCCAGUUGGCCAACAGCAUUAAGGUGGGCGUCAAGUUCCGGCCGAGCACCAUCCUUGAGCUGAAGACCCCAGAGAAGACCAACCUGCUGACCACGCGCACCAACUUCUCGACGUACUUCCGCACCAACGAGCCAUCCGGAUUCCUUAUGUACCUGGGCAAUGACAACAAGACCGCGCAAAAGAACAACGACUUUGUGGCCGUGGAGAUUGUGAACGGCUAUCCGAUUCUCACCAUCGAUUUGGGCAAUGGUCCCGAGCGCAUCACCAGCGACAAGUACGUGGCCGAUGGGCAGUGGUAUCAGGCGGCGGUGGAACGUGUUGGACCGAAUGCCAAGCUCAUAGUAAGGGAGCAACUGCCCAACGGUGAGGUGGUGGAGCACAGCAAGUCGGCUCAUCUGGAGGGUACGCAGAACAUCCUGCAUGUGAACAAGAACAGUCGCCUGUUUGUGGGCGGCUAUCCCAGCAUAUCGGACUUCAAUGCUCCCCCAGACCUCACGACCAACUCCUUCACCGGCGACAUUGAGGACCUAAAGAUCGGCGACGAGAGCGUGGGUCUGUGGAACUUUGUCUACGGGGAUGACAACACGGAAGGCGCCCAUGAGCGAGAUGUGCUGCUAGAGAAGAAGAAACCGGUCACGGGUCUGCGGUUCAAGGGCAAUGGCUUUGUCCUUCUGAACGCCACCUCAAACUUCAAGACGCGCUCCAGCAUUCAGUUCAGCUUCAAGGCGGACAAGGAUACCUCCAAUGGCUUGCUCUUCUUCUACGGAAGGGAUAAACACUACAUGAGCAUCGAGAUGAUCGACGGGGCCAUCUUCUUCAACAUCAGCUUGGGACCGGGUGGAGGCGUUAUUGCCGGCAGCCAGGAUCGCUACAACGACAACCAGUGGCACAAGGUUCAGGCGGUGAGGGAGAACCGGGAUGGAUUACUCAAGGUGGACGAUGUGGUGAUAUCCCAAUCGAAUGCUCCAUUGGAAGCUGACUUGGAGCUGCCUAAGCUAAGGAGAUUGUACUUCGGUGGCCAUCCGAGACGUCCGAACAGCACGAUUAGUUUGCAACCCAACUUUGAUGGCUGCAUCGACAAUGUGGUGAUCAAUGGCGGAGUUGUUGAUCUCACGGAGUACGCAACCAGUGGAGGAGUGGAGGAGGGUUGCCCUGCCAAGUUCUCCACCGUUGUCUCGUAUGCUCCGCAUGAGUAUGGUUUCCUAAGAAUCAACAACGUUUCCUCCGACAACAACCUGCAUGUGGUGCUGCGCUUCAAGACCAGUCAACCAAACGGCGUGCUCUUCUACGCGGCCAAUCAUGACCAGAGUGCCAACAUCGGACUCAGCCUGGACGAAGGCCUGCUCAAGCUAAACAGCAUGGGUAGCCAGUUGGUGAUCGAGGAUCGUCUCCUGAACGAUGGCGAGGAUCAUGUUGUCACUGUGCAGCACACCCAGGGUGAACUGCGUCUCUCCGUCGACGAUGUGGAUAACAAGAGACUUGGCUCUCCGCAACCGUUGAUUCUGGAGGGUGGCGAUAUUUUCUUCGCCGGGUUACCGGAUAACUAUCGAACGCCCAGGAAUGCAUUGGCCAGUUUGGCCUACUUCGUUGGUUGCAUCCGUGAUGUAACCGUCAACGAGGAGAUCAUCAACUUUGCCAACAGUGCUGAGAAGAAGAACGGCAACAUCAACAGCUGUCCUCCUCAUGUUCUAGCCUACGAGCCCAGUCUGGUGCCCAGCUACUAUCCGAGCGGAGCCAAUGAGGUGGACACUCCGUGGAACCCGGAGCCACUUCCCCCGCUGAAGCCCGAUAUUGAAGCCACAUUACCACCCACACCACCAACAACCACAACGACAACGACUACCACAACAACCACUACAACAACGACCACAACAACAACAACCACUCCGCCGCCAACAACGCAGUCGCCGAGUAACAUCGAUGAAGAGAAGGAUCAGGAGCUCAGGGCGCCACCGAAGACCUUGACCACCCGGCCGCCGGCCAAGUUGAAUCUGCCCAGCGACGAGCGCUGCAAGUUACCAGAGAAACCGAACUUCGAUGUGGACUUCGCAGAGGCGGGCUACCGAUUCUACGGACUGCGGGAGCAGCGUUUGCAGAUCAACUCGCUGCCAGUGAAGUUGCGUCGCCACCACGACAUGGGCAUCUCGUUCCGCACGGAGCGACCGAACGGCCUGCUCAUCUUCGCCGGAAGCAAGCAACGCGAUGACUUUAUAGCCGUCUACCUGCUGGACGGUCGUGUGACGUACGAGCUGCGGGUGGGAGCUCUCCUACGGGCAAAGAUCACCAGCGAGGCGGAGCUUAACGAUGGCUCCUGGCACACCGUAGAGGUGGUGCGAACCAGCCGGAAGGUCAGUCUGCUGAUCGACAAGCUGGAGCAGCCGGGUUCCGUGGAGUUGAGUGCGGAGCGCAGUGCUCCAGUGCUGGCCGUCGAGAUGCCCAUCUAUCUUGGUGGCGUUAACAAGUUCCUGGAGUCGGAGGUCAGGAACCUUACCGGCUUCAUCACGGAGGUGCCGUUCUUCAACGGCUGCCUCAAGAACAUCAAGUUCGAUGGCGUCGAUCUGGAGACGCCGCCGGAGGAGUUCGGGGUGGUUCCGUGCUCCGAGCAGGUGGAGCGUGGCCUGUUCUUCAACAACCAGAAGGCGUACGUGAAGAUCUUCGAUCACUUCGAUGUCGGAUCUGAGAUGAAGAUCAGCUUCGAUUUCCGGCCGAGGGAUCCCAACGGUCUGCUCUUCUCGGUGCAUGGCAAGAACUCUUAUUCCAUCCUGGAGCUGGUGGACAACACCCUGUUCUUCACCGUCAAGACCGAUCCGAAGAACAUCGUGACCACCAACUAUAAGCUGCCCAACAACGAGAGCUUCUGCGAUGGAAAGACCCGCAACGUGCAGGCCAUUAAGUCCAAGUUUGUGAUUAACAUCGCCGUGGACUUCAUUAGCUCGAAUCCUGGCGUGGGUGGCGAGGGAUCCGUUACGACCAGGACGAACCGUCCGUUGUUCCUGGGUGGCCACUUGGCCUUUGCGAAGGCACCGGGUAUCAAGACCAAGAAAUCCUUCAAGGGCUGCAUCAGCAAGGUGGAGGUGAACCAAAAGUUAAUCAACAUUACGCCCAACAUGGUGAUCGGCGAUAUCUGGCAAGGUUACUGCCCCCUCAACUAGUGAUGAAAUCCGGAAUGACUCAAGGACCUACGAUUUAAAUGUACCAGUCUACGAAAAGAUGCAAGGAAAAAUCUAAAGUUGCCGACAAAUGCAUUCCACUGGACAACGAACGAACAAAUCUUAAACGAACAAAAUCGACAGGCCCAGAAAGUCUGGGGAUUCAACGAUAAUGAACCCUGAGCAAAAUUGCCUGUCGUAUACUUUCUAGUUCUAUAAGCCAAACAGUGUGCCAAUAUAUUUGCUUUACUCUUUUUUAAACUCAAUCUUUGCUUUUAAACUUUGUCGAAUUAAUAAAUAAUAAAUCCCUUUAAUCAAAGUAAAA